GGGAGCCCGCUGGGCUGGGGCGCUGGGUCCUGCCAUUGCUGCAACUACUUCAGAGCUCCAGCGGUGAAUCAACGAGACCUUCCGAGGAGAUCUUGGCUGUCUAACACAGUCGGUCGACCUUGGUCUAGUGGUUCAAACCUCUGGGCGCCUGUGCAUUCCUAUACACGUUUACGAGGGAGUAAGCUUCUUUGAACUCGGUGGGGCUUACUUCCGAGUAAGCGCGAUCGGCGCUGCAGGAGUGCGAAAUCGGCGCACGGAUGCUUUUGGUAGCUUCGGGCCUGAAGUACAGUAUUUGCUGGAACGAGAUCUAUACUCUCGGGUGCCUUUCCAGGAAUCUUGUUUGCAACAGGUCUCUGCCCUUAAUCGCUGUCUGGAAACCUGCAGCGUUUGCAGCCAAUCAGAUCUUGUGUGUAUGUGUUCAUAGAUGUUUAACUUUGCUUACAUCAUACUUGAUGAAACAGAAUUCUUCCAUGCAAAGUCCUACUUUGUGACAGAUUAUGAUCCAACUAUUGAAGAUUCCUACACAAAGCAAUGUGUCAUAGAUGACAGAGCAGCAAGAUUGGAUAUUCUAGAUACAGCAGGCCAAGAAGAAUUUGGAGCCAUGCGGGAGCAGUAUAUGAGGACAGGAGAAGGCUUUCUGCUUGUCUUCUCAGUCACAGAUAGAGGAAGCUUUGAAGAGAUCUACAAGUUUCAAAGGCAGAUUCUUAGAGUAAAAGAUCGCGAUGAAUUCCCUAUGAUUUUAGUUGGUAACAAAGCAGAUCUGGACCAUCAAAGACAGGUAACACAAGAGGAAGGGCAGCAACUAGCACGACAACUGAAAGUAACAUAUAUGGAAGCAUCAGCAAAAAUACGACUGAAUGUAGACCAAGCUUUUCAUGAACUUGUCAGAGUUAUAAGGAAAUUUCAAGAACAAGAAUGCCCUCCUUCCCCAGAGCCAACAAGGAAGGAAAAGGACAAGAAAGGGUGCCAUUGUGUCAUCUUCUAAGAAUCCUCUGAACCAAGCUAUCAACUGCCAGAUUAAUUGUUUUUCCACCUACCUUUCUAUGUCUUUCGGUGUGUUUUUGUCUAGCCUUAUAUGUGCAUGUUGUCUAAAUGGUCACCGAAGUAGCCUUAGUCUAACAGAAACAGGCUGACCCAGUCCUGAAAACACCUUGGUCAUCUCAGGGCAGAUGUCAAAACACUAAGGCUUCUUCUAGUACCCCAGAUUCUUUCUUCCCUUGCAUAAAGAAGCUUGCACCUUGUGGAGUUUUAUUCACAAUGGAGACACAACAGUCUUAGACAAGGUAUUGAAGUCAAGCUUAAAAGUUGUUGUAUGGGGGUUUUUUUUCCACUUGACACCUUUGUUAAUCACACUCAAGAGGGAGUCCUCUAAUCAAAAUGUAGAGUAUUUUUUUAAAAAAGUAGAUUCAGAAGUUUUGCCCUUUGAUUAGGUUAGACUUCAAAAUUCAGCUUGCCUUACAGGAAGCCAGUACACUGAAUUUCAUUGUCAGUAAACCUCUGUGUUUCAGCUCUUGUUUAUGCUGCAGCUUUUUUCAGUGGUCAACAGUCUACUGUAUUUAUUUUUAUGGCUACAAUAACAGCUACAGGAUUAUUGCUACUACAACUAUGUGGCCAAAUACCUAGGCUCGUUCUGGACUUGAGCAUUUUAGUGUUAGAAGAUUUUACAUCAUGGUUUGGAAUAAAAAAAUAUUUGUCUUCCUUUUUAUAUUUCCGGGUAAGGGAUUCAAGAAAAUUACACCUGUAGCUGUUUUUGUUUGUUUGUUCAUGUAAUAUAUAAAAAAAGAUGAAUUUGCUCUUUUCAUUGUCAGAUGAUUAAAUGUUUUUUGCUAUAUACUUUUAUACAUUAUUUUCUUAUCAAACUAGUUAACAAGUAUUUUUAUAUGUUUGUAAGCAAAUAUGCUUUCAUGGCAUAACUUGUGUAUAUGUAAAGAUGAGUAUUUAAUUCUCGCAGUUCACUUUUAACUGACACAAAAUUAAUGCAAGAUUUGCAGGACUGUGGUAGAACCUCUUUUCUGUUCCAGUAGUAUUCAGCAGUGGCCAAUCAUGUGCCUGCCCAAUAUACCUGUUAAAACGUCAUGUUUUUCAAAUUGCCUUGCAUAUUCUUUACAAAUGACUGACCAUUAUGUGAUUAUUAAAAUGUACAAACCUUUAACUGACUGUUCAGUUCAGUUGUGAAUAAUGUUUGACUCUGAAUUAUGCAAACUGUGGCUAAACAAUUCAGGAUUAUUCUGUGAAAUUAAAUACUGAGUUGUAUCGACA